UUCUGGCUCAUGGCUUGGCAGCAAAAGACCAAAGCAGUUGUCAUGUUAAACCGAGUCGUGGAGAAAGAAGCAGUUAAAUGUGCACAGUACUGGCCAACAAAAGACGACCAAGAGAUGCUGUUUAAAGAAACAGGAUUCAGUGUGAAGUUCUUAUCAGAAGAUGUGAAAUCAUACUACACAGUACUUGUACUACAAUUAGAAAAUAACAAUAGUGGUGAAACCAGAACAAUAUCUCACUUUCAUUAUACCACCUGGCCAGAUUUUGGAGUUCCUGAAUCACCAGCUUCAUUUCUCAAUUUCCUAUUUAAAGUACGAGAAUCUGGCUCCUUGAACCCUGAGCAUGGGCCCGUGGUAGUCCACUGCAGUCCUGGUAUUGGGCGAUCUGGCACUUUUUUCUUAGUAGACACCUGUCUUAUUUUGAUGGAAAAAGGAAAUGAUAUUAACAUUAAACAAGUGUUACUGAAUAUGAGAAAGUAUCGGAUGGGACUUAUUCAGACAGCAGAUCAACUGAGAUUCUCGUAUAUGGCUAUAAUAGAAGGAGCCAAGUAUAUAAAGGGAGAUUCAAAUAUACAGAAACAAUGGAGAGAACUUUCUAAAGAAGAUUUAUCUCCUGCUUUUGAUCAUUCAUCAAUCAAAAUAAUGACUGAAAAAUACAAUGGGAACAAAUUAGGCUUAGAAGAAGGAAAAUUUGUGAGUGAUCAGUUUACAGGAUUGCCCUCUAAAAUGCAGGAUACAGUAGAGGAAAAGAGUGAAAGGCCAAGAUUGACAGACACCUAA